AAAAAAAUAAAACCGGAUCUGUCGUCAUGGUAACAAAAUAAGUGAGCCAUUUUGCCAUUUUCAUCGGCGCGAAGUACGGACAUCAUUCAUCAAGCGUCCGUACACUUCUAAAUUCUAAGUUUCCAUCUCUAUUCUAUACAAGUAGAUUUAGAUCUAGACCGAGAUCUAAAACUAGGUUCUAGAUUCUAGUUGUCUCUUAAAAUGUCAGACAAGAGAACAUCUGAGUCAGGAACAACAAAUAAUGCUGACCUUGGACGCCUUGGUGCUGUCGCCGACGGUGCAACACACGAGGAACAAUUGGCAUCGGCUGCAGUUUCACUAUCAGGACGUGGGACCCCCAAAAAUGUUGAAUUCAAAAGCAAAGAUACAUCAGAUACUUCCAUCCGUGAGCUCACUUUUGAGGAUGCGGAAUUGCCAAAUGAACUCAAAACAAUGGAGGACAUCCAGAACACAUUCUCUGCAGUCAUUGAAGAGUUCCGAGGUGACAAAUCAGCAGAAAGAUUUUUGGAAGAAUAUGAGAAGUUAUACGAGGCUUUGAAAAGCAGUCAUAAGGAACUUAAAACGUGGCAGCUGAGAUGUUCAAGUUUAGCAAGCGAAAUCAAGAACAACACAGAGAAAGUCAAUUUGGCUAUCCAUCUGUCUCAGGAGGACCGUGGAAUGAUUGCCACCUUGAACAGACAAGUUCAAGAUGCUUGGGGAAUGGUUGAUAUUCUUCAUGACAGAGAAAUGAAAGCAAAAGAUGCUGUUUCCUCUAUGAAAGAAGAAAUCAAUACUCUGACACAACUAGUAGAGGAAGGAAUGGGCUUGGAAGAACUGCAGAGGUUAUCAGAAAAAGCUGCUGCGGAGAGGAAAGCCAUGGAGGAAAUAAUUGCUGACCUUAAAGAGGAUAAAGAUGGACAAGAAAUGCGGAACAAUGAAGUCUUAUCACGAAUGAAAGAGAAAGAUCAAAAACAAGAAAAUGAAAUCAAUGAUUUGAAAACCCAAAAAUCCAGGCUCAAACUUCAGUCUGAAGAAGACAAGACCCGACUAGAAGAAGCCCAACAGUAUACAUUUCGUCUGGAGAGGGCUAAGUUCCGACUUGAAGGGGACAAGGCAAAGCUUGAGGCAGAUGUUGCAGGCUGGAAGAAGAGGCUGAAGAAGGCGGAGGAAAUGGCAACAGACUUCAAGUUUGAGAGUUCCAAGUACCUCAGCCAGUUCCGCAAGGAGAAGGAGCUUGCGGCCAGCAAAACUCAAGAAUUGAUCAGCUCAGAGCAAAAAUACUUAAAGCUUACUAUGAAAAACAAGGAGCUACUGGAUCAGCUUGGAGAAAUGACCUUGAAUAUGCAAGAGAGGGAGAGAGAACUUAUGGCAAAGACUAAAGAGUUACAAGACAAAGAUUUUCGGCUGAUGUCCUUUGUCAAGAAGAAUGAAAUGCUGUCUGAAAAACUCUCCAAAACACAGCAUAAUUUAACAGAAUGUGACGAAAAUCGCAAAACAGAAAAGAAUGAAAUAAGAACCCUUGAGGCCAACAUUGCCGCGUCUGAGAAACAUUUGGAAAUUGUUACAAAACAGUUGAAAAAAGCCGCGAGUCAGAUUGAGAGCUCGGAAAAGGUGAAUACCAAGUUAUUGAAACAGAAGGAAAAAAUUGAUAGCUCUCUCAAGAUUGAGUCAGACAUGAAUAGGUCAUUGCUGUCAGACUUGGCCACAGCCCAAGAAAACACCAAGAAUAUUUAUGAAAACCUUCAGUCUCUGACUUUUGAAAAAGACAAACUGUUUGGCCGCAUCAACCAGCAGUCCUGCGAGAUCGCCAGACUGAAUGACGAGCUUCAUACAAAAGAAAUUGUGGCAUUCAUGGCUCAGCAACACAGAGCGGAGGUUGAACAUCAACUGAAACAGAUGAAAGAAAACCUGGUGUAUGCUUUGAGUCAACGGGAUAACAUCAACAGCAUGCUUCGUAAAACAGAGCUACUGAACUCGGACCUUUCCCAAGCAAAUGUCAACAUUGGAAAGCAGACAAAAUCUCUUUCAGAAGAUAUUCUAAACAAAGAACAACAGCUGAGUCAUUUGUCUGACAAGUAUACAAAGCUGAAGGAUGAGCUGAACGAGGCCCACAAUGAGCUUGUCAUUGAGCGGGUGGAGGGCAAGAAACGCAAGGACCAAGUGCGGGAUAUGUACAAAGAACUGCGCUAUGUGGAGAAGAUGAUGGAACGUCAGAGGGGCCAGAUCGAGAGGCAAAAUAUCUACAUAGAAGAGCUGACGUGUCAGAGAAACAUCCUGGGUGCCCAGUGCGUGAGGAACAAACAAGAAAUCUCCAUGCUAAAACAGAAGCACGACAUUUUGGGAGACAUUAUGCAGAUGGGCGAUCGCCUGUACAAUGAGCGCAUCCGGGAGAUCGGGUUUCUGCACCUCCAGAAUGCAAACUUGUGGCGGCAGAAGGACGGAGUGAUGCACAAACUAGAGAACAUAGAUAAUUUGAAGUCAAAGUUGGGUCUUGCUAAUCAACAGCUGGUAAAUUUCAAGGCUCGCUGCAAGGCUCUUGAGGAUCAAGCCCCAAUGCCCGUUCACAAGUGGCGACACCUGAAGGCUCAAGACUUUUCUAAGUUCGAAAUGAUCCUGAAAACAAAUCACUUGGUGAAGAAACUCAUUGCCAAAACUGAGGAAGUAACAAGGCUGGAAGGGGCAUUGUUGGACAAAGCUCAAGUCCUGAAGUACUUCAAAGGCAUGCUAGAGAAAGCUCCUGGACCUGAUGUGGCAAUGAGAGCCUGCUUAGACCGAAGGGAGAAGGAAGGAAUGACAAAAAAGCUCAAGGCAGCACUGGCUGAGAUGAAUAUGGUGGAGUGGAAGGCUCAGGCGAAAGGACAAGAAAGAGACGAACUAAAGAAACAACUGGUGGAAGAGAAGAAGAAACGAAUGCAACAGCAGAAAACGUUCGAGAAGGAAAGGAAAAAGUUCCUGCCCCCGAUUGCACCUGUGGCCGACUCCAACAGUUUUCGAGGGAAACUUGUCCUAAAUCAUGAACAGCUGAGCUCAGACAACAAAAAAUUGGCCCGACUUUUGUAAACAAGUUACCAUACUAGAAUAUUCUUUGGGCUCAGGAACAUCAAGCACUGUCAUAAAUGUAAAAGUUAAGAAACCUGAGUGCCGCUGUGAUUUUUACAUCGCUUAUCAUUUUUCAAGAUUUCUUCCAUAUCAUUGAAUGAUGAUGAAAAAAAAAUGUUCAAUUGCUUCUGAUUUCCUAUAUGUCCUGUGAUAUUAACAACUAUCUAUGCAAAUAAGAAAGACGUAAUGAUGACAUCACAUAACUGUCCUUUCAUAGGACACGCUGUAAUACCAUCAGAUAAGUGCGCUGUUAAUAUUGUUUUAGCAGCCCAUAGUGCAUGAGUUGAGAGAUUUUUUUCUUUCAAGUAUUUCUAAGGACUGAACUGUCUGCAUCAAAUACUCACAACUGAAGUUUUAUCUGAGUAUGUAUUAUGGGGUUCGUAAUAAACUCUGUAAAACUCA